AUGGAUGUCCUGUUGCCGAACGCCCCUAACGGGAUGCCCAGUCCUGCCUUGCUAGAGCCUGUCGACCCUCUCCUCGUCCUCGAGCACAUCGUCAGUCUCAUUGAAACGACCUUGGGUGCGGCCCGCAGAGAACUAGAGGCGGUCGGUAGCCUGUUGUCGAAGACCAGUCACGCCGAUUCUUUGAGCAAAUGUGUCCAUUUUGCGCAGGACCCUCAGGCUACCCUCUAUGCGCAGAAAGAUGUCAGAGAAGAAUUGGUUAAUGGCCAUGAUGACACACCGGGUCAGUUGUCCUGCAUUGGCUUGGACGAGACUACUGAUACCGUUUCCACAGAAAUCGAACAUGUCUAUACCCUCUCCUCCGAGUUGUCUCCUGCACCUACGACAGUCGCUUCAAUCGCCUUCCUCAAAGUGUCCGGGCCGCUCGAUGGGCGGAAAUCAAUUGCCAGUCAGAUCAUGGUCUUCAAUCUUCCGGGAUCAUAUCGGGUCGAUGGAGACGGUCAGCGCCACAACGACGUUGCUUCCCCCUACGAGGUGGUCUAUUCACUCCUGCACAAUGUCCUGAGCCCCUACUUCGAUGCCUAUACCAGAGCAACCGGCUCGAUCGACCGUAAUUGGUACGAUUCACAAGCGAAGAGUGGUGUUCCUGGCGCGAAGCGGCGGAUGAAAGAGUUAGAAAUGAGCCUGCUGCACCUCCAACAGAACACCGAUAUUCCCCUGGUCCACCUGCCAAUGCACGAAGUGGUCGUGGAAGCUCUACACGAUGCGGCAGCUCAGGGUAUCUCCCCUUCUGCCCAACUGAUUCCGGCUCACGUCCUCGACAACAGCACUGUUCUGAACAGUAUCCAGAACCACGUCAAUGGCUGGAUCAAAUCAAUCCAGGGUAUUACCAAGUUGGCCAAGGAUGGGCCCCAAACUCAAUAUUCCGCUGCGCAGGAGAUCAACUUCUGGCUGUCGCUUGAGUCAGCCCUGAACAAAUUGGAUGAUGAGCGGAAUUCGGACGGUGUCAGAUUGACUCUUGACGUUCUCAAGAAGGCCAAGCGGCAACAGGCGGUGGUCAGCUUCGAAACCGAUACUGGACUGAAGGAUGCGCUUGAUACUGUCCGCAACUACAACACUCUCAUGCGGGAUUUUCCUUUGGAUGAAUUGUCAUCUGCCACCUCGCUUGGAAAAGUGGCAGAGGCCCUGGUCCUGAUCUUCAACCAUUUGAACAAGAAGUGGAGGCUUUGCAACUAUCCGAUCCGCCGAGCGUUGAAGUUGGUGGAGGGCAUCUCUGAGGACAUGAACGAACAGAUCAACAACCUCCUCCGCGGCCGCGCGAUCAUGUCCCUGAGCUGGCAAGACUUCACAGAUUUGAUGAGCUCAGUCAAUCUGAUCUGGGAGACUUGGGAUGACCAAAUAAAGAGCUUCACUGCUGUUGCCCGAGAGAUAACAAGAAAGAAGAACACCGACUUCGUGCCCGUCAAGGUGGUGCCCAGGCAUGCUAAGACUCAGGAGCGUUUGCGGUAUGUCAACCGAUUCCGGAAUGAUCAUGAGCAACUUCAACGUACCAUUGUCAGCGUCCUGGGACCCAAAACCGGUGCGGCACGUUUGACACGGGCACAAGGCGAAAGUGGCACUGUGAUUCUCGAAGAACUUGGCGAUGUGGAUGCUGUAGAGGAAGUCAAAGCUGCGUACGAAGUGGUCCGGCACGUCGACGUCUUGGACGUCACACCCAAUGGCACAGAAGUCUGGGUUCAAGCCGAAACACAAUACACAGAACGCACAUCUCGCGUGGAAGACUCCAUCAUCACGAGGUUGCGAGAUCGGCUGGGCAAAGCGAAGACUGCCAACGAGAUGUUUCGCGUUUUUGAGCAAUUCAACCCAUUACUGGUACGACCGAAAGUUCGGGGUGCAAUAGCAGCAUAUCAGACGCAGCUUCUGGACAAUGUCAAGAAUGCCAUAGCUUCUCUCCAUGAACGAUUCAAACAGCAAUAUGGCGGUUCUGAAGCUCAGAUGAUGGCUCAGUUGCGCGACAUCCCGCCUGUGGCAGGUGCCAUACUCUGGGUCCGGCAAAUCGAGUCGCAGUUGGAUAGUUACAUGUCCAAAGUCCAAGCCGUCUUGGGCGAAGACUGGAUGCUCCAUACUGACGGUGAGAAGUUGCAGACCGAAAGUAGCAUGUUCCGGAAGAAGCUCUCAACCAGAGAAAUCUACAGUGCGUGGCUCCAAGAUAUACAGUCUCGAGAUAUUGCAGUGACUGGCCGGCUCUUCACCAUCCUGCGAAGCAGAAGUGCCAACGGCGCUCUGGAACUCGGUGUCAACUUCGACAACCAUGCCAUCUCACUCUUCAAGGAAGUCAGGAACUUGUCUUGGUUGAACUACCAGAUCCCGCACCGCAUUACCACCACGGCGAAACAAGCUCAACGUGUGUACCCAUAUGCGUUGAGCCUCAUGGAAAGUGUUGCCGGGUACUUCUCCGCCGUUCGAGCCAUUCAGGAGAUGCCCAAUGUCGCAUCCCUCAUGGCAGGCUAUGAGAAGGAGGUGCAAACUUUGUUUUCCACGGGCGUGCGGUUGCGGUGGGAUUCUUUCAUCCACUCAUACGAAUUGCACAUUAAAGGAAAAUCGACCGGCAAUGACUCUGCGCACGUACAGUAUGUGCGAGACAUGGCCACGGCCGUGACCACUCUUCAAAACAAGACUGCAACAGUGCGAGGCUUAGAUCAAACCAUCAGUCUGGCGCUUUCAGAGAUCAAAACGUGCCCGUAUACGGCAAAGAACUUCCAAAGCCAGGUGGACCUUAUCCAGAAUGCCGUGGAUAAGAUGAAUCUGGAAAACUAUGCCAACCUCUCCACCUGGGUAUUUGACCUGAACGUUCAAUUGCGGCAAGUGUUCGAGGAACGGCUCCAACAAGCGUUGCAGCAUUGGACAAACUCCUUUCCUUCCCUGGAUAUACAGAAUGCCACGCAACCGGCCUAUGCUGCGCCGGAGGACAAUGUCUAUGAUGUUCAGUUUCCCCAGCUGCAAAUCGAGAUCAUGAUGAACAAUCAGACCGUGUUCGUUGAACCCCCUCUAAACUUCGUCAAAGCAUCUUGGAUACAACAACUGGAAGAUUGGUUGGAUGUACUGUGCCACUUGCCUCAAAUCAGAGCUUCCCGUUAUCAAGUCACCGCAGAUGCUGGUGCGGCGCAGGCCACGCCGACAUUUACAGAUCUACCACUGCAGAAUGUCGAGGCGCUGCAACAGGCGUACAACGCGAUUGACAGCAGGAUCGAUGUCAUGGCAACGUAUCUCGAAGAGUGGUACACAUACCAGAACCUGUGGGAUCUCCGUAGCGAGCAAUUGCACGAAAUCCUAGGGGACGAUCUUGCGCAAUGGCAUCAGUUGCUACAAGAAGUCCGCCACGCCCGGUCCACAUUUGAUACCUCCGAAGGACGAAAGACUUUUGGCAGUGUGACUUUUGACUAUGAACAGGUUCAGUCGAAGAUCACUCAGAAGUAUGAUCAGUGGCAAUACGAGAUCACAAGCAAGUUUGGUGGAAUCCUCGGUAACCGUAUGGCGGAGGUGUACACUGACAUGAGGCGGGCUCGUCUUGACCUUGAAAACCAGUCACUCGAGGCCUCAUCCACUGCACAAGCUGUGACAUUCAUCACCACUGUGCAACAAUGUCGCAGAGAUGCAGCUCUAUGGGGUCCUGAGGUAGAAAUCUUCCGACAAGGCCAGACGACCCUUUCCAGACAACGGUACAAUUUUGGUAACGACUGGCUCUCGGCAAACCAGGUGAGCGACGAGUGGGAUGCUUUUGAAGAAAUCCUCAAUCGCAAGAGCAAAGUCAUCGAGGACCAGACCGACGCUCUACGGGCUAAUAUUGUGGCCGAAGAUCGCGUCAUUACUGGCCGAAUUGCGGAUGUUGUUGCUCAAUGGUCUGAAGAGAAGCCGGUGUCAGGCAACAUCCCGCCUGAUGAAGCCGCCGAGCUUUUGCGAUCGUACCAACUCCGGAUGGAGAAGCUCCAAAAUGAGGCCGAGACGGUUUCGAGAGCAAAAGAAGCCCUUGCACUUCCCUUGACAAGAGACAAUGCUUUGUCGGCAGCUUUGGAGGAAGUCGGUGAUUUCAAGUCCGUCUGGUCUGCACUAUCCACCAUCUGGCAGAGCAUUAACGAACUGCGUGAUACACUGUGGACGAGCUUGCAGCCUAGAAAACUUCGACAAUCCCUAGAAGGCCUGGUCAAGUUGACCAAAGAGAUGCCUAGCCGAAUGCGCCAGUAUGCUGCCUUUGAGCAUGUUCAAAACGUCCUUCGUCAGUUGAUCAAGGCAAAUCCUCUUCUGAACGACCUCAAGUCUGAUGCAAUCCGGGAGCGGCACUGGCAAAAGAUCUACAAAGUUCUUAGACCAAAUAAGCGGUACUCUGAAGUGUCUAUGACUCUAGGAGACGUGUGGGAUCUCCAACCAGUCACCAGCGAAGCCGUCAUUCGCGACAUCAUCACACAGGCAAGAGGAGAACUGGCCCUUGAAGAGUUCCUCCGACAAGUGCGCGAAACGUGGCAGAGCUAUCCGCUCGAGCUUGUCAACUAUCAGAAUAAAUGUCGUUUGAUCCGCGGCUGGGACGAUCUUUUCAUCAAAUGCAGCGAGAAUCUCAACUCUCUUCAGGCUAUGCGACAUUCUCCAUACUACAAGGAGUUCGAGGAAGAGGCCUCGGCAUGGGAGGACAAGUUGAAUAGAAUGCAUGUGUUGUUUGAUGUUUGGAUCGACGUCCAACGACAAUGGGUCUACCUGGAGGGCGUCUUCACCGGCAAUAACGACAUCAAACACCUGCUGCCAACGGAAUCUAGCAGAUUCUCGAACAUCAACACUGAAUUCUCUGCAGUGAUGAAGAAAGUCUACAAAUCCCCGUUCGUCCUGGAUGUGCUCGCAAUCCCUGGUGUGCAGAAGUCUCUGGAGCGACUUGCUGAACUCUUGAGCAAGAUCCAAAAGGCCCUGGGCGAAUAUCUGGAACGAGAGCGUGUUUCCUUCCCACGGUUCUACUUUGUUGGAGACGAGGAUUUGCUUGAAAUCAUUGGCAACAGUAACGACACCGCUCGUGUGGCCAAGCAUCUGAAGAAGAUGUUCGCUGGUAUUGCUGGUGCCGAGAUUAGUGAUGACAGCAUCAUCACCGCGGUGAGCUCGAAAGAAGGUGAAGUCGUCCAGCUCAGAAAAGAGGUCUCCCUGAUCAAGUUGCCGAAAAUCAAUGAAUGGCUCACUGCGCUUGACAACAGCAUCAAGCACACACUGGCCGAAUUACUCGGAGAGGCUGUCAGUGUAUUCCGGCCCCUCUUCACGGCGCCCGACCUUGAUGCUGCUUCAUUCCAGGACUACAUGACGAGUUAUCCCGCUCAAAUCAUGAUCCUUGCCGCUCAAGUGGUUUGGACGGACCUUGUUCGAGAAUCAUUGGAAGCGGCCGGUGAAGGCCUGCAGAAACUGCAUGAAUAUGAAGCGAGGCUGCUCAGUCUGCUGGCUGAUAGUGUCUUGCAUGACCUGCCGACAUUGACCCGCAAGAAAUGCGAACACUUUAUUACGGAAGCCGUUCACCAAAGAGAUGUCAUCACGAAGCUUAUCAAGGCUGAAGCCAAGUCGCCUGGUCACUAUAUGUGGCUGCUCCAAAUGCGCUAUGUGUACGACCCCAAUGCGGAACUCAUGAAUCGGUUGCACAUUGAGAUGGCUAAUGCUGUUCUGGACUACGGUUACGAAUACCUAGGCGUGCCGGACCGCCUUGUGCGAACCCCACUGACCGAUCGUUGUUUCCUGACUUUGACACAGGCGCUUUGCCAGAAGCUUGGAGGCUCCCCUUAUGGACCUGCAGGCACGGGCAAGACGGAAUCAGUCAAGGCAUUGGGUCUCCAGUUGGGGCGAUUCACUCUCGUCUUCUGCUGUGAUGAUACUUUUGAUUUCCAAGCAAUGGGUCGCAUCUUCCUUGGGCUGUGUCAGGUCGGGGCCUGGGGUUGCUUUGAUGAGUUCAAUCGUCUCGAGGAACGAAUUCUUUCUGCAGUGUCACAACAAAUUCAAAAUAUACAGAUUGGCCUCAAAAACACCACCCACGAGCAGAAGGCACAAAUCGAGUUGGUCGGUCGCCGCUUCAAGGUCAGCUCCAACACUGGACUUUUCAUCACUAUGAAUCCCGGGUACGCUGGGCGUUCCAACUUACCCGACAAUCUGAAGAAGCUGUUCAGGAGCGUGGCUAUGUCCAAGCCAGACAAGGAACUGAUCGCCGAAGUGAUGCUGUUUUCACAAGGAUUUAAACAAGCCAAGGAUAUCUCAUCGCAUGUGGUUCCUUUCUUCGAUCACUGUGCACAGCGGCUUUCCAAACAACCGCACUACGACUUCGGCUUACGAGCGUUGAAAAGUGUACUCAUCAGUUCUGGCGGAUUGAAGAGAAUCAGAAUGCAAGCGGAGGACGAGAAUCACGAGGAUGAAAGCAGCCUCGAGCCUCAAAUUAUCGUGCAAAGUAUUCGGGAAACUGUGUCUCCGAAGCUCAUCAAAAAUGAUGUGAACACCCUUGUCGAAGUGCAGAAGGAAGACUUUCCCGGCGUCGAAUACGUUCCCGCCAACAUGUCCAAGCUUGUGGAAGCAAUCAGGGAGGUCAUGAGAGAAGAACAUCUGACAGAGAGCGAUGCAUGGAUGACCAAGAUUCUUCAGCUCUAUCAGAUUCAAAAUAUCCAUCAUGGUGUGAUGAUGGUGGGUCACUCUGCCGCCGGCAAGUCCACGAUAUGGAAAGUGCUUCUACAAGCUCUGCAAAAGGUCGAGGGCGUAGAAGGUGUGCAUCAUGUCAUCGAUCCGAAAGUCAUGUCAAAAGAGGCCUUGUACGGAAAUCUUGACAGCACAACCAGAGAGUGGACCGAUGGACUAUUCACGGCAAUAUUGAGAAAGGUUGUGGACAAUUUACGCGGAGAAGACAGCAAGCGGCAUUGGAUCGUCUUUGAUGGCGAUGUUGACCCGGAAUGGGUGGAAAACCUCAACAGUGUGCUGGAUGACAACAAGCUACUCACUCUGCCAAACGGUGAACGAUUGAAUCUGCCGCCGAAUGUCCGCAUCAUGUUUGAGGUCGAGAGCUUGAAGUACGCAACUCUGGCCACCGUCAGUCGUUGCGGUAUGGUAUGGUUCUCUGAUGAUACCGUCAGUCCGUCAUUGAUGGUCGAUCAUUACUUGCAAACGCUCGCCAAUCGUACAUUUGAGGAUUUGGACGAUGAGAUCAAGGCAGCAGGCUUGACUGUGAAAGCACAGGACACACAGCGGCAUAUUGUCGAGACCCUCCGAGCCCUUAUCAACCGCGACGACCUUUUAUUCAAGGCACUGUCAGCCGCUGCAAGCCAGCGGCACAUCAUGGACUUCACAGCUGCAAGAGCGCUGGAGAGCCUGUUCAGCUUGUUAGCCAAGGGCUGUCGAACAGUGUUGGAAUACAACAUCUAUCACACCGAGUUCCCUCUCGACCUCGAACAGACCGAAGCAUUCAUCUCGAAGAAGCUUUUGCUGGCAACGGUCUGGAGCUUUGUUGGCGAUGCGGCUUUGAAUGUUCGAAAGGAAUUUGGUGACUUCCUCACAACAAUGACCAAUGUCGACCUCCCCAACCUUGACAGCUCCACAUCUCUCAUCGACUACGAUGUGACCCUACCUCAUGCUCAAUGGGUGCCAUGGCAGUCUCAGGUUCCUACGAUGGACCUGAAUACUCACUCAAUCACACAGACAGACGUCAUCAUCCCAACGGUCGAUACUGUCCGUCACGAAGACGUUCUGUAUUCGUGGCUGUCGGAACACAAACCACUGAUGCUGUGUGGGCCGCCUGGAUCUGGUAAGACGAUGACACUCUUCAGCGCACUUCGGAAACUGCCCGAUAUGGAGGUUGUAGGCUUGAACUUCUCCAGCGCUACGCAGCCCGAGCUUGUGAUCAAGACUUUUGAGCAAUAUUGUGAGUACAAGAAGACUCUCAAUGGAGUGGUACUCUCCCCGACACAACUCGGACGAUGGCUGGUGAUAUUCUGUGACGAGAUCAAUCUGCCGGCCCCGGAUAAAUACGCAACUCAACGUGCGAUCAGCUUCUUACGGCAGCUGGUUGAGCAGAACGGGUUCUGGCGUCCAUCCGACAGAGCUUGGGUAAGUCUAGAACGCAUUCAGUUCGUCGGUGCCUGCAAUCCGCCCGAAGAUGUAGGGCGUCAUCCUCUGGGAGCUCGCUUCUUAAGACAUGCACCAGUGGUUAUGGUUGACUAUCCUGGCGAAGUCUCCUUGAAUCAAAUCUACGGGACUUUCAACAAUGCCGCUCUCAAGGUCGUACCAACCUUGCGCGGAUUUGCCGAUGCCCUAACCCGGGCAAUGGUCGAGUUUUAUCUAACGUCUCAAGCUCGCUUCACCCCGGACAUCCAGCCUCAUUACGUCUACUCGCCGCGAGAGCUGACUCGGUGGGUCCGUGGGAUCUAUGAAGCAAUCGCUCCCCUAGAACACCUGACUCUGGAAGGAUUGAUCCGCAUCUGGGCUCAUGAGGCGCUGCGACUUUUCCAGGAUCGUCUUGUCGAACAGGAGGAACGGGCCUGGACCUCUGACAUGAUCAGACAAACCGCACUGGAGCACUUCCCCACGGCGGACAUUGACCAAGCGUUACAAGGUCCGAUCUUGUUCUCGAACUGGCUUUCCAAGAACUAUGUGUCUGUCGAGCAGGAACAGCUUCGCGAAUUCGUCAAAGCUCGCCUCAAGACUUUCUGCGAGGAAGAGGUCGAUGUUCCGCUGGUCCUGUUCAAUGAGGUCCUCGAGCAUGCUCUACGUAUCGACAGAGUCUUUCGUCAGCCUCAGGGGCAUCUCAUCCUGAUUGGCACCAGUGGUAGUGGUAAAACUACGCUGUCGAGAUUUGUUGCUUGGAUGAAUGGCUUGAGCAUAUUCCAGAUUAAGGUCCAUGGCCGGUAUUCAGCUGAGGACUUUGACGAUGACCUUCGAGGAGUUCUGAGGGCAUGUGGCUGCCGUGGCCAAAAGAUUUGCUUCAUCAUGGAUGAAUCCAAUGUGCUGGAUUCAGGAUUCCUCGAACGGAUGAAUACACUUCUCGCCAACGGAGAAGUUCCUGGACUUUUCGAAGGAGACGAAUACUCGGCUUUGAUGACAGCUUGCAAGGAAGGAGCACAACGACAAGGGCUUCUUCUUGAUUCGCAAGAGGAGCUCUAUAAGUGGUUCACCCAACAAAUCGUUCGCAACCUACACGUUGUCUUUACGAUGAAUCCUCCUCAAGAAGGCCUGUCGUCUAAAGCUGCAACGAGUCCGGCGCUUUUCAAUCGUUGUGUGCUCAACUGGAUGGGUGACUGGUCUGAUCAAGCUCUCUUCCAAGUCGGCUAUGAGCUUACCCAAUCAAUCGAUUUGGACAAACCAAAUUUUACAGCUCCCGACAGUUUGCCCAUAGCAUACCGCGACAUCUCACUUCCGGCGUCACAUCGGGACACAGUCAUCAACGCGAUGGUGCAUUUCCACUAUUCUGUGCAAAAUACCAAUGACCGCCUGGAAAAACAACACGGAGUCGCGACUUAUCUUACACCUCGACACUAUCUGGACUUUGUGACACAAUUCCGAAGACUUUUCCAAGAGAAGCGCGCAGAUCUCGAAGAACAGCAAAGACAUCUGAACGUGGGUCUGGAGAAGCUUCGGGAUACGGUCGACAAAGUACGGGAUCUGAGAGCAAGUCUGGCCCAGAAGAAGCAGCAGCUUGAACUCAAAGAUGCGGAGGCGAAUGAGAAGUUGCAGCGCAUGGUGGCAGAUCAACGAGAGGCAGAGUCAAGGAAGACGGCCUCGAUUGAGAUCCAAACGGCAUUAGAGAAACAGGAGAAAGAGGUUGCCAGUCGCAAGGAGAUUGUGCUUGGUGAUCUAGCCAAAGCCGAGCCAGCCGUGCUCGAGGCUCAACGGAGCGUCAGCAACAUCAAGAGACAACAUCUCACUGAGGUCCGGUCCAUGGCGAACCCACCAUCCGGGGUGAAGCUUGCUUUGGAAUCAGUUUGUACCCUGCUUGGCCACAAGGUUGACAGUUGGAAGAGCAUCCAGGCGGUGGUUCGGAAGGACGAUUUCAUCGCCAAUAUCGUCAACUACGACAACGAGGAGCACAUGACGCCUAGUCUUCGACAAAAGAUGCGCCACGACUAUCUCUCCAAUGAUGACUUCACGUUUGAGAAGGUCAACCGCGCCAGUAAGGCCUGUGGUCCUCUCGUGCAGUGGGUCGAGGCCCAGGUCAACUACUCCGAGAUUCUUGACCGAGUGGGGCCAUUGCGUGCUGAGGUUGAGCAACUGGAGGACGAAGCGCUCCAAACCAAGGCCGAGGCCAAGGCAAUUGAAAACACCAUCAUCAAACUCGAAGAGAGUAUCAGCACCUACAAGAUCGAAUACGCCGCCCUCAUCAGUGAGACCCAGGCGAUCAAGAGUGAAAUGGCUCGAGUUCAGACCAAAGUCGAGCGCAGCCUUCGACUGCUAGACAGUCUUUCGUCGGAACGGGUGAGAUGGGAAGCUGCUAGCAAGUCAUUCGAGACGCAGAUUGAGACGCUUGUGGGCGACGUGGUCAUUGCAUCGGCAUUCCUUGCAUAUGCAGGUCUGUACGAUCAGCAGUUCCGAAAGACCAUGGUUGACGACUGGCUGCACCAUAUGUCUCAGUCUGGCAUCUUGUGCAAGACGGAAGGAUCGGUUCUGGGAUAUCUCUCGUCAGCCGACGACCGCCUACAGUGGCAGCGUCACAGCCUUCCUGCCGAUGACUUGUGUAUGGAGAAUGCGAUCAUGCUCAAGCGCUUCAACCGGUAUCCCUUGAUCAUCGAUCCAUCGGGUCGAGUGACGGAAUUCCUCAAGCAGGAACAUCAAGGCCGGAAAUUGACCGUGACUAGCUUUCUGGACGACACUUUUACCAAGCAGCUGGAAAGUGCCCUGCGAUUUGGCAAUCCAAUCUUGAUUCAAGAUGCGGAAUAUCUGGAUCCCAUCUUGACCCACGUACUCAACAAGGAGUACCAGAAGACCGGUGGGCGUGUGCUCAUACAGCUGGGCAAGCAAGAGAUCGAUUUCUCGGAACAUUUCCAACUCUAUCUGUCCACGAGGGACCCCUCGGCCAGAUUCGCUCCGGACGUGUGCAGCAGGACGAGUUUCAUCAAUUUCACGGUGACUCGAAGCAGUUUGCAGACUCAGUCGUUGAACGAAGUCCUCAAAGCGGAACGGCCAGACGUGGACAAGCGCCGCACAAACCUGGUAAAGAUGCAGGGUGAAUUUGACACCAACCUCAGACAGCUGGAGAAGAGACUUCUACAAGCUCUCAACGAGUCCCGUGGCAACAUUCUCGACGACGACAACGUGAUCCAGACCUUGGAAACGCUGAAGAAAGAGGCAGCCGUUAUCACCAAGAAAGUCGCCGAAACAGGAGGUGUAAUGGCAGAAGUCGAGCGCAUCACUCAAAGCUACGGCCGCGUUGCGAAUGCAUGCAGUGCGAUCUUUGCUCUGCUGGAACAACUUCACCACCUGAAUCACAGCUACCGAUUCUCUCUGCAGUACUUCAUUGACAUUUUUGAUUCCGUCCUGCACCACAACCCGCAUUUGGCCAACAAGAGAGACCAUCAGGAACGCGGCGAGAUCAUUCUGAAGGACAUCUUCGUGGAGGCAUACCAGCGCACCUCUCUCUCCUUGCUACAGAAGGACCGCAUCACCCUUGCAUUGCUCCUGGUUCGAGCAACUCCAUACGACUUUGACCGCUCCGCCAUGGAAUUGGUCUUUGAUGAUCGGCCACACUCUCGUGGAGGCGUGCCUAACGAUGCCAGCGAAGAGGAUGUUCUUGCCGCGGUAAAGAGGCUUCCAAUCUUUGAUCAGAGCAUCCUGGACCCCAGCAGCAAUGAUUGGAGACAGUUCCUCUCUUCCGAGCGUGCUGAACAAUGCGUACCGGCGAUCUGGAGCAAUACCGACAAUAUCAUCGAUCAGAAUCUUUACAAGCUCCUGCUCAUCAAACUGGCCAGACCGGACAGGUUCCUGCCGGCAGCGGAAGAACUGGUCAUCAGUGUGUUUGGCCCAGAGAUCUUCCAAACCACGGAUGACUUGGGUGCAAUCGUCCACCAAGUCACAGCGUCGGUACCGAUUGCUCUCUGUUCCAAUCCCGGGUUCGAUGCCAGCUACAAAGUGGAAGCGCUGGUCGAGAAGCAACACGCCACAUGUGCCAAUGUCGCCAUGGGCUCUGAUGAAAGCGCUGCCAGUGCAGAUCGAGCCAUCACCGGUGCUGCGGCCAACGGUACCUGGGUUCUGAUCAAGAACGUCCAUCUUGCGCCACAAUGGCUACAGAGUCUCGAGAAACGUCUUUCGGCCCUCAAGCCUCAUCAAGACUUCCGAUUGUUCUUGUCGAUGGAAACGAGUCCCAAGAUCCCGGUCAACUUGAUCCAGGCAUCGAGAACGCUCGUGUAUGAACAACCGGCAGGCCUGCGGGCGAACAUGAAGGACACAUUGACCGUGCUGUCGGAUCGAGGUGCAAGAACCCCAGUGGAGAGAGGUCGAUUGUAUCUGCUGCUCUGCUUCCUCCAUGCCGUUCUACAGGAGCGACUGAGAUAUGCACCGGCUCUAGGGUGGAAAGGACUCUGGGAGUUCAACGACAGCGACUACGAAUGUUGUUCAUUCAUUAUCGACUCCUGGAUCGACGCCAUUGCGCAAGGGCGGUCCAAUGUUGCCCCUGUGAAACUGCCUUGGGACUUGAUCCGCACUUUGAUCACCGAGAUGUACGGAGGCAAGAUUGACCACGAAGGAGACUUUGCUCUACUGGGGCAGAUGGUGGCGAAGAUCUUCGACCCGGCAGCUUACGAGAGUGACCAUGAGUUGGUGUCUGUGUCCGAUGCUGACGGGGGCUACGCUCUGAAGGUCCCAUCGGGGACGACCAUGCGCGACUUUCUGGCCUGGGUGGACGUUCUGCCGGAGCGCGAGCCGCCGGCCUACUUGGGACUUCCUGCCAAUGCGGAGAAGUUGUUGUUGAUGGGCCAGGGACGCGAGACGGUUGGCAAUUUGGCGCGCAUUGUGGAUCUGCUGGAGGAAGGGGAGCAAGCGUCGUCAGAGAAGGAGCCAGGUCAGGUUGCAGACAAGGCAUAA